GUGUUGGGGAGGGCGGUACAUGAGUGAGAAGCUCUAGGUUGCUCUUGGUUAGUCAACCUUUUCGAGUUGCUGUUGGUGGAAGAUUUGACGUGUGAGCGCUUAACGGAGCCAUGGGAGUGGAAGGCUGCAUGAAGUGCAUCAAGUACUUGCUGUUCGUAUUUAAUUUCCUUUUCUGGCUUGCAGGAGGAGUGAUUCUUGGUGUGGCUCUGUGGCUCAGACAUGAUCCUCAAACAACUCAAGUACUGAAUACACACUUUGAAGAUAGGUGGGCCCCAAACACCUUCUUCAUAGGGGUCUACAUCCUGAUUGGUGUUGGAGCUGUGAUGAUGAUCGUGGGGUUUCUAGGUUGCUAUGGUGCCAUCCAGGAAUCCCAGUGCAUGCUAGGAACGUUCUUCGUCUGUCUGGUGGUUUUGUUCGCUUGCGAGGUUGCUGCUGGGAUCUGGGGAUUCGUACACAAGGAUGAGGUGGCUAAUGAGUUUAAGACGUUCUAUGAUCAAGCUAACACUGCUUACAUGAUGCCAUCACAAAAUCGAGAAAAGAAGGAUCAGGCUAAAGCUGUGUUGGUGACCUUGCAUAAUGCGCUGGACUGCUGUGGAAGCAACAUUGUAACCAAGUUAAUGACUGCAGAACUCUGUCCCAAACAGAAGGGAAUAGGUCUUCAAAUUCCGGUCGACUGUGGUACACGGAUCAAUGAGCUGUUUACUGAGAAGCUGUAUAUUAUUGGGAUCGCUGCUGUCAUCGUUGCAGUUAUCAUGAUCCUGGAGAUGAUUUUCAGCAUGGUACUGUGCUGUGGAAUCCGAAACAACUCUGUGUACUAGAAAGCCUCCUCGGGCCGCCACCUCACAGGACUGCCAGUGAGCGCUGCAAACAGAAAAGCUUUGUAGUGGAAUAUCAUUAAAAUGCCCAAACUAAUCCUAUUCUGUGAUUGUUGCCACUUGUUAUGCUCAGUUUAAAUAUAUAUAUAUAUCUAUAUAUAUAUAUAUAAUAAAAUGGUGGUUUCAUAUUAUAAAAAAACUAUAUGUAAUAUAUAAAAUGUUUUAAUAUUAUGAAACCAUCUCUCCAGGCAUUGACAGUUCUCCCCUGGUGCAAACUGAAGCUUGCGCUGGAGAAUCUUGUGCACAUAUAACAACUGAUAUGUACCCAUCAAAUCUCCAGCCAUCACAUCACAUCCUCCAUCAGUCAGUGCUUCAGAGCUGCAGCAAAGUCACAAAUUUGAAUUAGGGUGUUAAGAAGAAAAAAACUGAGCCCUCUGUGUGCUGGUGGUGGGCUUAGUGCUCGUAUUGAUCUGAAGCCUUGGGAGUGUAUAUGUGUGUGUUAUGUUUUUAAAAAUAAUCCAAAUUGAGUUUCAGGUAACCACCAGCUGUGAACUGUCUUGUGCCCAAAGUUUGUAUUCAGCUUGUGCAAACUUUCUGAGGGAUUGUACUGAUUCAAAGUUUUGUUUCUUCCCAUUUGUACUGCGGGUACCUUAAAGUAUACAUGUAUAAUAUAGGCAGUGCAGUGAGUAACUUAUAAUGAUGGGGGCUGGUCACAGUACUUGGGCGGUUGUUUGCUUGUUUCCUGUUUCCAGUUAAAUAUAGUCCAAAUGAGCAACGAAGAAUCUGUGCUGUACCCCUCACCCCCAACCCCACCCAAAGCUCAACUCCUCUGCUUCUGCUGAAUUUUAAACUCUUGUGUAUUGAUGUAAACUAAAAGAUUCUUCUGCCUGUAUUUUCAGGUGAUUAUUUUUGUUUUUUAUAUUGGAAUUUCACAUACCUUGGGAUCUUUAUGCUUGAAGCCCAACCAGUGUUGUUUGACAUCUUCGGCCUAAAGACCUGCAUUAUUAACCAGUAUUUGAGAAAUUGCUUGUGUAUAAUCUCCAAUGCUUGGCUUCCAGAUUUUUGCUGCUUUUUUUUUAAAAUCUUGCAUUUUACCAUUUAAAAUGAUGUCAACCAUGUCAUUCUAACAGUCUUAAAGGAACCAUAACAAGCAAACCUGAACACAGUAAUUCCAAGUCCGUUUCCUCAUUCUGACUGCUUAAGCAUGGAAUUGAUGGUGCUACAUGGGCACUGAGCUGUGGCUUCUGUCGGAGUUUGUGUUGGGACAGAAUCUGGAACCAUUCUCUCUUAAAGCUUCUCUAUUACGUGCCUAGAACAUCAAACGUUUCUUCCUGCCAGGGCUUCCUACAAGUUGACAAAACAGUGCCUUUGUCUCUGUAUCAAAGCCGGUUGCGGUUUCCCUCCAUUAACUGAAUAGGUAGGAGGUUGAGGAACCAUGGAAGCUGAGAUCCAGUGAGUCCAUUUGCUACCCUAGGGAAACCUCAACCACAAUGCAUUUAGCAGCUGCCUCCUGCGUUCAGAAGGAAGGUGAUUGAUUAUUGAUCAGUCAACCAACAGCAUCUGUAAUGAUUUUCUCUAGACCUCUCCUGACAAGUUGUGGGGUCUGGAUCUGAGGAACAGCCACUGCCUUCUUCUGCAUCUUCCAUUCAUGUAAAACAUGUACAAUUUACUUGUUAAGAAUUGGGUGCAUUUUGUUCAUUGUUAAUGCUUUGUAUCUGAAGUCCGCUUCAGAGUGUACUUGUCAGAGAUGAGGUUGCCCACAGAAUGCAAUGAGUGCUAACUGGUGUUUAAAAAGGGAUGGUUUGGGAGAUGAUUGAUAACCCUAGGUUUAUUUGUGUAGCUAACUGUAGAGAUGGUUGGCUGCGAAGACCUAUUGCCACCCACAGUUUCCAAUGAAGUGCCCAUUUAUUUUUGUCAAGCUACCUUUCUAUCACAGAUGUUUAGAAGGGCUGUGCUGUUUUGAUUAUAAUGUCUAGAAUUGAUUGAACCUUUAUAUACAUUGGAUUAUAUAUACGUUUGAUUAUAUUACAUGCAAUGUGUCCCAUAUUUUUAGCAUGUCUGCAUCCAAAGGGUUUGUAUACAAUGUGCCUGUUCUGUGAAUACAUAACAAUAAAGAUCACUUCCUUUAACACA